AUGGCGGUCGGCCGAAGCAAUGGCAGCCGCUGUUAUUCGACUGCAUUGCUGCAAAGGGUGGCGCUCCUGAUCCUCCUUACAAACUCCCUGCUGGACACUUGCAACUGGCUCUUUCACCCUGAACCUGCACUGGGAUCUCAGGGUGAUCUGCAAGCACGGUUUAGGCCUCUGCAGGGGUUUAGGGUUACGGGAGUCGCCGCCGCGCCAGUCUCCGCCCCCAAUGUCUUCUCCUGCACUGGGAGCUGCUGUCCUCCCAAGCAGUCACCAAAGCUCUGGUCCCCGCAACUACAGAGUGGCCCUGUCAGAACACGCCUCUCGUUUCAGACAGCAUUUAGUGACCCCGCAUAUGUCAGCAAGUACAAGCUAGCUUACCAGAAGUUGAGAGAGCUGCAAGCGAGCAAUGCGAGCGAUCCCCGGGGGUGGCUCCAACAGGCCAAUGUGCACUGCGCUUAUUGCUCGAACACGUACGGGAUGGACAUACAUCGCACAUGGUUGUUCUUCCCUUGGCAUCGGUGGUACCUUUACUUCCACGAGCGCAUCCUGGGGCAACUGAUUGGGGACCCCACAUUCACACUGCCGUUCUGGAACUGGGACAGCGCUGCAGGGCGGGCCAUCCCGGCGGCGUUUCUGGACAAGAGCAGUCCGAUCUACAAUGCAAAUCGGAACAAUCUCAACAGCCUCAUGAGUCAGAUCACCAGCUCAUGCAGCAUCCCCCAGAUGCAGUCCGCGAUGCUAGACGCGCAGACGACAUCGCUCUUCCUUGGCAAACCCCCUGGGACCGGAAGUGCAGGGGGUUCCGUGGAGUUGGGAGUACACGGAGCAGUCCACGUGGCAACCGGCCUGCAGUCGAGCCCUUACAUCGACAUGGGGUCUCUGUCCUCUGCCGGGAAAGACGCCCUCUUCUACGCGCACCACCUGAACAUCGAUAGGCUAUGGUGGCUCUGGCCCCAGCUGCCCCCCGCCGCGAACGGCAACCCGCGCGCGAAUCCGACGAGCGCCGACUGGCUUAACUCGCAGUUUGCGUUCUACGACGAGAACGCACAGCUGACCAUGUAA